AUGGUCUUUCUGAAAACCUUUGUAAGGUUCUUUUUAACGUGCUUCGUGCUGUGCGGCAGCACAGCACGCUCCUCUGACACGAACGAUACCAUUUCUGCCUCGGCGAAGCAUUUGGAGACCACUUCCUUGCUAACAUGCAUGGACAAUUCGCAAUUAACGGCAUCUUUCUUUGAUGUGAAAUUCUACCCUAGCAAUAAUACUAUUAUCUUUGAUAUCGACGCUACCACGACAUUGAACGGGAAUGUCACAGUUAAGGCCGAGCUGCUCGCCUACGGGCUUAAGGUGCUGGACAAGACCUUCGAUCUAUGUGAGUUGGGGCAAGUGUCGCUCUGCCCCCUUAGCGCUGGGCGUAUUGAUGUUGUUUCUACACAGCAAGUCGACACUUCUAUUACCAAGCAGAUACCCGGUAUUGCUUACACCAUUCCAGACUUGGAUGCUCAAGUCCGUGUGGUGGCAUACGCUCGGAACGAUACGGAGUUCGAAAAACCGCUAGCUUGUGUUCAGGCUAUCUUGAGUAACGGAAAAACGGUACAAACUAAGUAUGCAGCUUGGCCCAUUGCAGCUAUCUCAGGUGUUGGUUUGCUUACGUCCGGAUUUGUUUCUGUUAUUGGUUACUCAGCCACGGCGGCUCACAUUGCAUCCAACUCCAUCUCACUGUUCAUCUAUUUCCAAAAUUUGGCCAUUACUGCAAUGAUGGGUGUCUCAAGAGUGCCACCUAUUGCUGCUGCAUGGGCGCAAAAUUUCCAAUGGUCUAUGGGUAUUAUCAAUGCCAAAUUCAUGCAAAAGAUCUUCGAUUGGUACGUACAAGCCACCAACGGUGUAUCGAAUGUCGUGGUAGCAAAUAAGGACGUCUUGUCCAUUAGCGUGCAAAAACGUGCUAUUUCCAUGGCAUCUUCUAGUGAUUACAAUUUUGACACGAUCUUGGACGACUCAAAUCUUUACACAACCUCGGAAAAGGACCCAAGUAACUAUUCGGCCAAGAUCCUCGUUCUGAGAGGUAUAGAAAGAGUCGCUUACUUAGCAAAUAUUGAAUUGUCUAACUUCUUUUUAACCGGUAUUGUUUUUUUCCUUUUCUUCCUCUUUGUUGUUGUCGCCUCUCUGAUUUUCUUCAAAGCCCUACUAGAAGUUCUCACGAGGGCAAGAAUCUUAAAAGAGACUUCUAAUUUUUUCCAAUACAGAAAGAACUGGGGAAGCAUCAUUAAAGGUACACUUUUCAGGUUAUCCAUCAUCGCGUUCCCUCAAGUUUCUCUAUUGGCCAUUUGGGAAUUCACUCAGGUGAACUCUCCAGCAAUUGUUGUUGAUGCCGUGAUAAUAUUAUUGAUCAUUACAGGACUCUUGGUUUAUGGAACUAUAAGAGUUUUCAUCAAGGGAAAAGAAUCUUUAAGGUUAUAUAAGAAUCCUGCGUACCUUCUUUACAGUGACACCUACUUUUUGAACAAGUUCGGGUUCUUAUACGUGCAAUUCAAAGCCGAUAAAUUCUGGUGGCUUUUACCCCUGCUAAGUUAUGCAUUCUUAAGGUCUCUAUUUGUUGCUGUUUUACAAAACCAGGGUAAAGCGCAAGCAAUGAUCAUCUUUGUCAUUGAACUAGCCUAUUUCGUUUUUCUGUGUUGGAUCAGGCCAUAUCUAGACAAGAGAACUAACAUUUUCAAUAUUGCCAUUCAUUUGGUGAAUUUAAUUAACGCUUUUUUCUUUUUGUUCUUUAGUAAUUUGUUCAAGCAACCUGCAGUGGUUUCAUCUGUUAUGGCGGUUAUUUUGUUUAUUUUGAACGCAGUGUUCGCUCUUUUCCUGUUAUUAUUCACUAUCGUCACAUGCACAUUGGCGUUGUUACACAGGAACCCAGACGUCCGUUACCAGCCCAUGAAGGAUGACCGUGUGUCCUUUAUCCCUAAGAUUCAAAAUGAUUUCGAUGGGGAAAACAAGAAUGAUUCUGAGCUGUUUGAAUUGAGGAAAGCCGUUAUGGACACCAAUGAAAAUGAGCAAGAAAAAUUAUUUCGUGACGACACUUUUGGUAAGAACCUGAACACAAACACUAAUACGGCAAGACUUUUUGACGAUGAGACUAGUUCAUCCUCUUUUAAACAGAAUUCCUCUCCCUUCGACCCCUCGGAGGUAACGGAUCAACCUGUACAACCCACCUCUGCUGUCAUGGGCACGGGCGGUAGCUUCUUAUCUCCACAAUACCAGCGUGCAUCAUCUUCUUCUCGUACUAACCUGGUGCCGAAUAAUAUGAGCACUUCCAGUUUAAUGAAACCUGAAUCAAGUCUCUAUGUGGGGAAUUCCAAUAAAUCAUAUUCGCAUUUUAACAACAACGGCAGCAAUGAAAACAACCGUGAUACCAACCCGUAUCUGUAA